GCGCCGAACUCGCGUAGUGGUCGCCAUGGCAGCAGGCCCCGGGGCGGUCCCUAAGGCAGACUCUGAAUCCGGAGCUGGGGAGGAGGAAGGUCCAGUAUCCCUCCAUCCUGCCAGUGCUGUUUCACCCGUGAGGGUGUUGUGACCAUUCCAGUGGAUUGAACCACUCUUGAGAUACACGGAGAUAUUUGUGAACAGGAUUGUGAUUUCGGUGGCAUUCUGCUUUUGGGAGCGGAGGUUUGAAGGCAGCUGAUGGCUUUGUUUCACGGAUCGGCCUGAAAUUCUGCAAAUAUGCUAAUUUCCUGUUAUGGCAGAAUAUAGGCAAGGAGGAUAAGAGGGAAAGGCUGACUCAGCAACUUGCAGCUAUAUCUCUGGCCACUCCUAUCUGCAGAGGAAUCUAGGAAAUGUCAUUUUUUCAGCCACUCCCAUUGCGCAAAGUUCUGUUAGUGAGGAAGAAGGAACCAGUAGUGCGUAAGGAAAUCCAGGCACUCCAAGUCCAGGAAGACUUGCUGGAUUGCAAUCUAGGUAAACAUGUCAAACCUUUUACACCACAAAAAGCAAAAGAAAUUGUAAUGUCUUUACAACAACCUGCCGUCUUCUGUAACAUGGUUUUUGACUGGCCAGCACAACACUGGACUGCGAAACAUCUUUCUGAGGUCCUUCAUGACAAGCAGAUACGAUUCCGGAUGGGAACGAGAAGCACAGAUACAGCUCCUCAGUUUGAAACCACAUGUAGUUACGUAGAAGCUACACUUGAAGAGUUUCUGACCUGGAACUGUGACCAGUCUCGUAUUUCUGGACCAUUUAAAGACUACGAUCGUUCCAAAUUCUGGGCUUAUGCUGACUAUAAAUAUUUUAUCAGUCUAUUUGAAGACAAGACAGAUAUUUUCCAGGAUGUGAUAUGGUCUGACUUUGGGUUUCCUGGAAGAAACGGACAGGAAAGUACACUGUGGAUCGGCUCCAUGGGGGCCCAUACACCCUGUCAUCUGGACACCUAUGGUUGCAACCUGGUAUUUCAGGUACAAGGAAGGAAAAGAUGGCAUCUCUUUCCUCCUGAAGAUACUCCUUUCCUUUAUCCAACUAGAAUCCCUUAUGAAGAAUCCAGCGUGUUCAGCAAAAUCAGUGUUGUCCAUCCUGAUUUAAAACGUUUUCCUCAGUUCCGGAAAGCUCGAAGACACAUGGUUACACUGAGCCCAGGACAGGUGCUGUUUGUCCCCAGACACUGGUGGCAUUACGUGGAAUCCAUCGAUCCUGUCACUGUCAGUAUAAACUCAUGGAUUGAGCUGGAAGAGGACCACCAAGCCCGGGUGGAAGAAGCAAUCACCCGCAUGCUUGUGUGUGCCCUGAAAACUGCAGAGAAUCCACAUGAUACCAGAGCUUGGUUAAACCCAACUGAGGUUGAGGAAACAUCCCAUGAAGUCAAUUGUCGCUACUUAAAUGGAGCUGUUUCGGCUUUUUUUGAUCAUUAUGGAACAUCUAAGGUAGUAGAAACCCAAGCGCUGAGAACAAACGGAGAGGACAUGAUAAAGGAAGAAUUAAAUGUGCACCGCCACAUGGAGGUAGAACAAACUGGUAGCCACAACUUAACCUUGGGAACUGUAAAACAGGAGGCAGCAAGUCCCUUUGGUCCUGAUCUGGUUCCUGUAAUGCCGAGUUCCCAAGAACCACCCUUAGAAAGAGGGAGUGUGUUUGAAAGUGAUGGUGAAGACUUUGUUGGCAAAAAUCGAAAACGCUUUGGAAAACUGCAUUAUACCAAGAGGCAACGAAUGAUGUGUGAAAGUGAGAAUGCAGCUGUGGAACAGGUUGCUUCGGAUAGUACUGUCGCCCCUCCCCAAACACUGAUUUCUACAGAUGACUUGCUGGACUGCUUGGUGAAUCCACAGGUAACCAGGAUAGUGGCACAACUUUUGCUUCAAGGAAGAAGUUUGCGACUCUAAUAGAAAAUGACUUUUCAAAUAAUAUUUUAGGAAUAUUUUUUAAAUAUUAUAAUUUUUAAAUAAAAGAUGAAACAGCAAGAGGUGCGUGGCAUAUGCUUGUAAAUGUACCGUUCUCACCGAGUCACCUUUUAAUCUCUUGCCAUCGUCUCGUGUACACAUUGCUCUUCGUGUUGGUAGGCCUUUCUUCAGUGCUGUUGCCUUCCUCGCCCAUCUCAUCCGUCAGCCACUCUCAAAUGUAAGCCCCUAGUGUUCUCAGCAAGAAGUAGUCUCUCCAUCAGCCUCAAGCACAGGUCAGCCUGCUGCUUAAUUUUGUAAGUAAGGUU